GGAAAAUUUGAAAAAAACAUUUCGAAAAGUGAAUUUUAAAAAAUAUACCAAAAAUAGUAUUUAAAGCACCAGCUGAGGCACACAAAUCGAAAAUUGGAAAAAAAUUGUGUACAAAGUGAAAAGCAAAAGAAGUAAAAAGUGAAGAAGCAAAAAAAAUUAUACUUUAUAGAGCCUAAUUCGAAAAAGCAAGAAAAAGGAAAUUUUCUAUCGAAAUUCAAGCGAUAGAAAGGCAAAAACGAAGAAUAAGAAUUUUUUAAAUUGUUCACCACACAAGUUAAAUCGUUUGGAAAAUUGAUUGCUGUUCAUUAAGCUGCUGUCGAUAUUUCAUUCUAUAACGCGUGAAACAUUUUGAGGCAAAAGUGCAUCACUUAAGGACCAAAACGUUUACCCGGAUAUUAAAAGCAACAACAACCACGAAAACUAAAAAUUUAAAAGAGGGAAAAAUGCAAUGUGGUGUUGAGACAAUGAAUGAUUGCGAGAGAUCCCCAGGACGUACAGGACUAAGAGUCAAUUUCACAGAAAAGGGAGAAGUAAAGGAGCGCCGCGAGAAGUUCCUUACUGCUAAAUAUGGAACACACCAAAUGAGUCUCAUCAGAAAGAGAUUAGCUGUUGAGAUGUGGCUUUAUGAUGAAUUACAGAAACUUUUUGAUCCACCAAAUGAAGCUGUGGAUGUCGAUAUCGAUGAAAUUUUAGACAUGGAUACAGAUGAUAUCAGACGGUCACAUUUAUUUAGUCUUAUAUCAAAUUCAAGCUGCAAGCGUUCCGAAAAGGACAUUUCGAAAUUUAUCACCGAUCUUCUGGAUCGUGCAAAAACGCUUUGAGCUGAUGUAGAAAUUGAUGUUUAAGAAGAAAAAGCAGUAAAAAGAAAUCAGGCGCCAUCAGUCUCUCUUUAAACAGCACUUUGAAUCUUCUUUAACAAAUUUCUUUCAUAUUUUUUGAAUUUUUGUACUAUUUUAUUUACUCGAGUUUACAAAAUUUUAACUGGAUGUUCUCGAUGCGUUGGAUUUGGUGUUGUUGGGGAUUCUCGAGAUUAGAUUUUUUUGCGGGACGUUAAACUUAACUUGAUUUUGAAAACUUUCUGGAUCUUGUCAAAAUAUUAUGGUCUGUUGACCAUAAAAUGACCACAA